AUGUGCAUAUCGGUACACUGCUACGUCUUCAGGCAAAUCAGUACUCUUGAGAAGCCAUGCUCAGGAACGGCAUAUUAUUGUUUCAAAAGUACGAUAAGGCCUAACUGGGACGAUGUAAAUAACGUUAACGGUGGCAGAUGGGCUAUUGAUGUAAGUCGUCAAGAAGUUCCAGUACUUUUGGAUUUUUACUGGCUAUCGCUUCUUCUUGCUCUUUUGCUGGAUCGCUUUGGAGAACUUGACGACUGCAUCUGUGGUGCUGUUGUAAGGUACAAGAGAAAACGGUGCAAAGUUUCACUGUGGACGAGAGAAAUUGAGGGCGAAACUUUAUCGUUGAUAGGUGAAGUGAUGAAGCGCGAGCUAUUGUUAACUGAUGACAGGAAGUUAUACUAUGAGAAACAUGAGAACGCACGAUUUCGCUCGGACUCUCACAUAAAACCUUUGCUUCAGAUUCCAUCUGUCUCGACAGUUUAA